AUGGCUUUAUCUCAGCACUACGAAAACAUCACCAACGCAUCCACACCAAGUCUCAGCUCAGAACACGAGAUUAAUCCUCAAGACCAGUGGCAUACCUGCUGGAAAAAGCUGCUCAAUACCAGACCCGCAAUCAAGAACAUCGCGCGAAACAUGUUCGAAAUGUCGCGCGGAAUCCUAUCACAAAAUCCAGCGUCGGCAAGCAAGGAAAAUCAGGUGGCUGUCGCGGUGGAACAAUGUGAAAUCGUCUGUGCGAUCGUCGCUUCCUGGGUGGUGCUCAAUAUGUGGCAGAUUUACUGA